AUGGUAACGGCGUACUUUUACUUCAACUUCAACGAUGCACAGAAACAAGAUCCGGAGCUCAUGCUGCGCUCGCUGCUCUGCCAGCUUGUGCAGCGGUCGGUCGUGAUACCUAAGGGCGUUGAUGCGUUGUUCUCAUCUUGCGAGAAUAGGCAACGGAAGCUAUCGUCACAUGCGCUUUUACAAGUAAUUAAGGAAGCGGCGCAAGAGUUCACGCACGUGUACGUUGUUCUCGAUGCUCUAGAUGAGUGUGCGCAGCGCUCGGAGCUGAUGGACAUGCUCGAAGCAGUGGCUGAGUGGCAGCUUGACAAUCUGCAUCUGCUCAUGACUAGCCGGAAAGAGCGGGAUAUCGAGCGCUCCUUAGAGGAAUACAUCAGGGAGGAGGAUGCUGUAUGUCUUCAAAGGGACGUAGUGGACCAAGACAUACAGCGAUACGUCCAACAAAGGCUGCGUGUCGACAAGGGCUUGGCAAAAUGGAACAAGGACGCUUCUGUCAGGCAGGAGAUCGAGGCCGCGCUAAUGGGCGGAGCUCACGGGAUUUAA